CAUGCAUUCUGUGAAGGGUUCUCAUGCGCAGCAUUGCCUGAUACUGCUGUCAUGGCAUUGUCUGAGGAGCCUCUCCUAGGAGAUGCCCGUCCUGCAUCCAGCUCGGAAGGCAUCUCUGCUGCAGGGCCCACUGCACCAGCUCGUCACGGACAGAAGAGAGGGUUUCGCAUGCGCAAUGCAGCUGGCCGCGCCCAGGCUUCCAAAGGCCGGCGCAAGAGCGGGCUGUCUUCUGCCGACCGCGUCGAGCGCGCUGCGGCCCUUGUUGAUCUAGCGGAGGACGGCAUCGGGCUUCCAAUCGAGCUCCUCGACAGCACACACUUUUCCCGAUCUGCAAAGCGCUACUUCUGGUGCGGCGCGCUCGCGCCCAUCUGGACCGCCAACUUCUGUCUCUUGCUAGGGCUCAAUUUCGUGGAGGUGCCAAGCUGGUGUGCGGAGCCGUUUCCGCACCCUUGCGGAGACCCGAAAAAGUACUGGCUCGGGGGGUUCCCAUACCUGCCGCCAAAGUCGUUCAAUGCGCUCGAGCUGGUCUCGCUGUGCGUCCUGGCAUUCCAAGUUUUCUUGCCCAUAUCUUUUGAGGGCCACCGUCACUUUUGGCGGGACCGCCUGAACCAGUUGUUCAUCCUGCUCUUCUCCCUGCUCGCUGCGGACGUCCUGGUCAACACGGCAUGGCUCUACACGGACGUCCGGAUACUCGACAAGCUGGUGGCUGUCCGGCUGGCACCGUACCUCAGGGUUCUCGUGGUGGGGGCCAAUGGCGGCGAGACUCGAAAGGCCUUUCGCAUUCUGAUAGGAAUCAUCCCGGCGUUCCUGGACAUGAUGACGCUGAUAGGCUUUUGGCUGGCCUUCUCGGCGUGGCUGCUCUACAUCCUAUUCGAGCACACCACGCAAGGCGAGAAGUACUUCAAGUCCUGGCGCGCCACGUUGAACGAGCUGAUCAUCGGCAUGUUCACGGCGCAAAACCUGCCCGACUUCUGGAUGCCCGCCUUCAACGACAAUCGCGCCGCGGGGCUCAUCUUCAUGACGUUCGAGUUCGUGUCGUGCAACUUCUUCCUCAGUCUGAUAUUCGCCGUGGUGUACGACGGGUACAAGAACAGCCUGGCCAAGGAGUACAAGAAGGCGUACCUGGCGCGGAACAAGAUUCUGCAGGCGGCCUUCCAAACGCUCGACGAGCGCAAGCGGGGCUACCUCGACAGCCAUCAAAUUAGCAAGCUGUUGAUAGCCCUGAACCAGUACCGCAACUUCCCGCACUUCGACGAGGCGGACAUCGAGCACAUCUUUCUGGCGCUGGACGACUCGGGUGACAACCGCAUCACCGAGGAAGAGUUUCUGGACAUGUGCGUCGCGGUGCGGCUCCGGUUCGUACCGCUGGACGAGCCCACUUUACUAGAAGUCUUCUUUCCGGACGUUUUCACCUCCGCGCGCUACGACGCAUUCAAGGACUUCGUCCGCAGCCGCGCCUUCCAGCACAUCGUGCACGCGGUCCUCGUCCUGCAGGCGCUCGUCAUCAUGAUCGAGUCCGCGGCUGACGUCACGGGCGACCAGAGGCUGCAGGCGCAAUGGCUGCGCAUCGAGAUGGGCUUCGGGCUGUUGUACCUCGCCGAGAUGCUGGCAAAGAUUAUGGCCGAGGGCGCGCGCCACUACUGGCGCACCGCCGCCAACAAAUUUGACUGCCUCGUCACGCUCGGAAUCGUCGUCACGCAGGUGCUGAUCGUGGCGGGCCUGGUUCAGCCGGAGUGGAUCCGCUACCUGCUGAUCCUGUGCGUCCUGCGCCUCGCGCGCGUGCUGACGUCCGUGAAGCGCUACUCCGUCAUCAUGACGUCGUUCUUCAGCCUCUGGCGCGUGGUGACGCCGCUGGUGGGCGUCACGUACUGCUUCAGCUCAAUCUUCUGCAGCAUGGGCAUCCAGCUCUUCGGGGGGGAGGUCUACGACGGCGCGCCCUGCAUCAAAGGCACCGGUUAUGAGGACUCCGGCUACGGCCCCAACAAUUUCAAUGAUUACGCAUCGGGGAUGGUGCUUAUCUUUGAGUGGCUCAACAGCAGCCUGUUCUCUGUGUGGCUCACCAUCGCGGGGCGCAUCUACGACACCGCCUGGAUCCGCGUCUACUUCAUCAGCUUCCUGAUCCUCGGGACCAUUUUCAUCAUGAACGUAUUUAUUGGCUUCGUCUUCGAUGCGUACUACGUUGAGACCGAGCUUGCCGAGAGUGGCGGGAACGAGUUGCGCGACUUGCGGCUCGGGUUCCGCGGCAAGGCCGUCGAAGUGGAACCGAGCGACCGGUUCCAGCAGGUUAUGGAUCACAUGCUAGGCGGCAACGAAUUGCGGCAGUUAAGUCUGCAGGAGAGCCUGCGGAGGCGGGGCCAGCCAGGCGAUCUCGAGUCGCGGGGCUCGUUGCUCGCGAAAGAGAUCGAGGCCUUAAGGUAGUCUUGAUUCGUUGGAGCAUUGUGGUGUUGAAAACACAGGCGGGAGCACGACUCUCAAAGGCUCCGAGCUGUAACAGGUUGUCGGAUGCGAGUUCAGCAUUGAGCGUUGAGCGGGGAAUGAUGUGAGGGCCAUCGGGGGCCGUGUUCACGUGCAUCUGCAAUUUUGAUAGUCCGAUUUGGGACUAGCAAAUAUUUCGAGGUAGGACAUGUGAGUUCUGCGCUAGACGAACGACCU